AUGCUCCUCGAUGAAGAUCCAUCCACUCUUAUCCGCGCAACGAUCUCCAACUUCAACAUCGCACCCGACAAGGCUGCCCUGUCGCGUGUCAACGACUCCCUAUCCACCUUACAACAAUCCCGCGAGCUUCGAAUUCGAGAUGCAGAGACCGUGCUGAGAAAGCUCUCUCGUCAAUUGGCCACUCUUUCCUCCCAGCAUAGAGAAGUGCUCUCCAGUCAUGAUAGCAGCACGCAUGCUAGUGAGAUAGUCCAGCUCGACACCAAAAAGUUCCGAAUCGCCAAACAGGCUUCAGAGGUCGAAGCAGAGAGCGAGAGGCUGGAAGCCGAAUUGGAGCGGUUGAAAAUGCGACUGUCCUCUUUGGAAGAGCAAGGUGUCGAAGGUGACGAGCACACGCGCCAGGCCCGGGAAGUUGAUGAUCCUACCAUAUUGCGUCUUUGGCUGUACAGGUCACUUGGCAUCGCCUUGGAGCAGGACGAGGCUGGUAACUACAACAAGGCGACAAUCGCAAACACGAAGAAGGGCGAUGUGCACGUUGUCAACAUCGACCCCAAGUUCUCAAAGUGGUUUUAUGCAGACUAUUUCUGGCAAACGAUGCAAGGUUGA